CCUCUGUGUUGUAAUGCUUAGGCUUUAGUAAGGCCAGAAUAUGAUGUUAUAAUGGCGCUUUCUGUUUCUUUUUAAUUAAUUUAGCAUGUUUCGUAUCCCGUGGUAUACACUGCAAUCUACAUGUAAUUUCACUGAAGUUACCUCUUAGUGGCAUUCUGACAUAAGAAACUAGCCUGGGAUACAGUCAGUACACCACGUGUUCGGUCCCUGAAACAAUAUUGAAAGCAUUUGACUAUUAAAUCCAUGGGUGGCGCUACUUACAGUAGAGGUUUGAACUUUACUCAAACUUUUGAAUGCACAAAACGGAAGUCGCCAUUUUAACUUUGCGAGAAAAAGAGACAACUGCAGAAAUACGAGUUAAGGAAGUUUAAUUCAGCACCAAAUCCACUGUCGAGAAGCAUACAGUAGCCACUUCAAUGGAUACAAAGCAUGGCUUGUUACUUGCCUGGAUCAAGCAUUUCUGAGUUCAGGAUUGUGCUGGUAGGGAAGACUGGAUCUGGGAAGAGUGCCUCAGGAAACACCAUCCUGGGCAGAACAGAGUUCAGAUCUGCAGUCAGCACCUCUGCAGUAACAAAGGUGUGUGAGAAGAGAGCAGGAGUAAGUAAUGGGAGACGGGUCACUGUGGUCGACACCCCAGGCUUGUUUAACAGAGAGCUCUCUGAAGAGGAUCUGAAGCGUGAGAUUGUGAGGUGUGUUUCUCUGUCUGCACCGGGACCCCACGCUUUCCUCUUGGUGCUGCAGGUGGGGCGAUUCACACAGCAAGAGAGAGAGACAGUGGGGCUAAUCCAGAAGCUUUUCGGUGAGAGGGCUGCCAGGUAUAUCAUACUCCUUUUCACACGUGGGGACGAUCUAGACGACACGACCAUUGAGGAGUACAUCCAGCGAUCCAGUGAGGGCCUCCGAGAGAUUGCUGAGAAGUGUGGGAACAGGUAUCAUGUCUUCAACAACAGGAACAGUAAUCAGAGUCAGGUUACGGGGCUCUUGGAAAAAAUCGAGAGAAUGGUCGCAAGAAAUGGUGAAAGCUGCUACACGAGAGAGAUGUACCAGGAGGCUGAAUCAGCCAUGAGACGAGAGCAAGAGAGGAUGAGGAGUGAGAAAGAGGAGGAGAAACGCAGGGAGGAAGAGGAGCAGAGGAGGAAGUUCCUGGGUGAGCAGAAAGGGACAGGCAUUCUUGAUUUGAAAGCGUGGCUCUCCCCCUUUUCAUAUUUGGGAACGUGGUUCUCCUCCUCUUCACCUAUUAUGCCGCCCUCCCCCCCUACACCCUCUUCACCUGCCCAGGCGCCCGUCCCCAUUAACCCCCCUCCAAUUCCCCAGGCGCCUGUCCCCAUUAACCCCCCUCCACCUGUCAGUGACAAGGAUGACGAGCUCCCCCCCUCUCCAUCUGUCAGUGACGAGGAUGACGAGCUCCCCCCCUCUCCAUCUGUCAGUGACGAGGAUGACGAGCUCCCCCCCUCUCCAUCUAUUAUGCCGCCCUCCCCCCCUACACCCUCUUCACAUUACAGUCCGCCGAUCUCCCCCUUUCCCGUUCCAUCUGUCAGUGACGAGGAUGACGAGCUCCCCCCCUCUUCAUCUGUCAGUGACGAGGAUGACGAGCUCCCCCCCUCUCCAUUGUUUGACGAUGACGACAGAGUGAAUGAAGUUGCAGUUUACAGUCUGCAGGCUCCAGAGCCAAGGAACAGAGCUGAGUUUUUAAAAUAUUCCUGUCAGCUCACACUGGACCCCAACACAGCGCAUAGAAUCCUCUGUCUGUCUGAAGGGAACAGAAAGGUGACACGGAGGAGAGAGACCCAGAGAUAUCCUCAUCACUCAGAGAGAUUUGAGAGAUGUGCCCAAGUGCUUUGCAGAGAGGGUUUGUCUGGGACUCGCUGUUACUGGGAGAUUGAGUGGAGUGGGGGAGGGGCUUCUAUAGGAGUCACAUAUAAAGGAAUCCGCAGGAAAGGAAGGGAUCAUUCCUGUAUCCUUGGAGGCAAUGGCAAGUCCUGGAGUUUGUUCUGCUCUGAUUCCAGUUACUCUGCCCGGCACAAUAACAAUGAAACUGCAAUAACUGCCCCCCACUCCCCCAGAAUAGGAGUGUAUCUGGACUUUAAUGCCGGCACGCUGUCCUUUUAUGGCGUCUCUGACACAAUGACCCUCCUGCACAGAUUCCAAACCACAUUCACUGAGCCGCUCUAUCCUGGGUUUGGGCUUUAUUAUUCUGAUUCCCCUGUAACAAUCUGCCAGCUGAACUAGACUGUUUUGUGUUGUAAGAAACCCUUUGUAUUGAACUCCCUGUCUGUCCUCUCCACUCCUCGGGUGAAGGGAAUGUUCAAUCUGACACAACUUUGGAUGAAAGUUAGGGGGUAAAACGGCGCCACCUGCAGAGCGAAACGAGGUGAAUUAUUUGUUUUUAGCAACGAAUGGAUUUCAUAGGAAGUAACUGUAUUUAAUUUAUUUUUUAAGAAUUGUUAUGUUUUAUAUAUAUUUUAAAAAAUGGCAUCCAAUAGUCAGUGCUGUAACAGUUUUAAAAAAAGUGAACUUAAGUUUGCUUUAUUGUGUGUGUGUUUUUGUUUUUUGAUUUCCAUAAAAUGUUUAAUAUUUCAGAUUUUAGUAAUGUGAUUUAAUAAAAAAAAUUAACGUGAUAGACUGACUUUUUCUUAUUUCUUAAUACUCAUUAACAUGGUUUUUCAAAUGA